CGUACAUUUGCAUUUUUCUCGAACCUUACUCCCAAAGUGUUGGGAGUUGCCCUUAUUGUAAAGUGUAAUGUCUGAGCGCGACGACCAUCCUUUAGUUCGGUCAUGGCUUGGAGCCGUCAUCGUGAGAUUCUUCCAACAGCUGCCUCUCUCGGGCUUGUGGGUAAAUCAGGUAUAUCCUGCCGACGGUCAGACAAGAAGUGGUAUUCUUACGGGACAAAUAGAAGGAAAGGGAUCCUAUCCUACAGCAUACGGAGGGUAUUGUGAUGUGUGGAAGUGCAGCUGGAGGAAGGAUUCCGGGGCCGUUGAGUUAAAAUCUAUUAGGAUGCACGGAAGUGAUUUGGACAGGGAAGGGAAGAGCAAGAGAUUGAGUACAGCAAUUGAAGGAUGGCUGGGGUUGGAUCACGAGAAUGUUAUACCAAUCUUCGGGAUGACACUUGGAUUUGGCCCAUUACCAGCUUUGGUAUGCCCAUGGAUGAAGAAUGGCACUCUAACACGUUACUUGGAGCAAAACUACCAUCAAACCACUGCCUCAACUCGAAAGGCAAUGCUCUUAGAAAUCAUUUCCGCAGUCCUUUAUCUGCAUCACCAUGGCGUCAUCCACGGAAGUCUUUCUGGGUCCAAUAUCUUCAUCAACGAUCUCGGACGAGCAUGUGUGGCUGACUUUGGGAUGGCAACUCUACUGCUGGAGUUUUCUAGCGAGACUUAUUUCUCUUCUUCCAUUGGAGGAGCGGUGAGAUGGAUCGGACCAGAGCUUUUUCAAGUUCCCGACGAAUCAAGCAAUUCUAUAGGCUUUCCUAGUACUCAAGGUGACGUAUAUUCCUUUGGAUGUAUCAUGCUUCAAGUCCUUUCUGGCAAGGUCCCUUAUCAUUACUUCCAGCGUGACGCACAGGUCUUCUUUGCGAUAUCUACAGGUGUCACGCCACUGCGCCCAGACAGCUCCUGCGUUAACGAUACUCAAUGGAGCGUUAUCCAGCAAUGUUGGUUAGCUCCCCAACAACGCCCCAGUAUGGAAAAACUACACUCUCGCAUUAAUGAACUAGAGUUCUGAGCAUGCUCAUUUGUUACGACCUUACGAACCUCGACUCCUAAGUACUAUAGUCAUAGCACUGCACGAACCGGAGAUGACGAGGCUAUAUUUCCUUAGUGUAGUACUACUGGGAGGUACCCCGCCGUCAAGCUCGGGUUCCUGGAGCUUGCGUGAUAUUUACUUGUAAUGAUUCAUGUCCGUUGUAUGUCCCAAUGGUGAGUGUGCUCAGGUUACGAUAUCAUAUUGUU